GACUUCAUGGAGAAGUGGAUGGAGUUCCAGGAGUUGUAUUUGCAUAAGCUUCUUGACAUGGAGGCGAACUCUGACAUGGCUGGAUGCCGGAGUUGUCAGAAGGGAGCGGUGACAUGGAGAUGUCUCUCCUGCUUUGGGGUUCCGGCGUCUUGUACUGAGUGCAUGCGGGCAUCUCAUCAGCAUCAGCCCUUUCACCAGGUGGAGUUCUGGGAGAGCGACCACUGGGAGUCGUCGACAACAGCUCAACUUGGCGUUACUCUGUGUCUAGGACAUGGCGGGAACAAGUGUCCUGGUAGGUCAGGAUCCACUGAAGGACGCCCAGAAGAAAGUCCUCUGGCUCCGGAGCCGGUUUCUGACACAUCGACCAGCAACGAGGAUAUGUGGGUGGAUCCACCCACCUCCGGCAAACAUGGAGGGCAUGCUGAGACGAUCAUUGUGGUCGACAAGUCCGGUGUCUAUGAGUUUCCAGUCGUAUGGUGCACUUGUACUGACAAGCUACCACACGAACAACUCUUUGAUUUGCGACUGUAUCCGGCCUCACAAACCAACCCCAAGACCGCCUUCACCUUUGAUGUACUGGAUGACCUCUUGGUGUGCAACUUUGAAGGCAAAGAGGCCCCACACUCUUAUUUCCGGCGCCUCACCAGGAUGACCAACGAGGCAUUUCCGGAUUCAGUCCCGGACCGGUACCGAGAACUGAUGAGAUGCGGCCGACAAUGGCUCCGGCUGAAAACGCGCAAAGAGCAUGGACACGGGUAUGGAGACAGCGAGAUGGAAGCAGCAGUGGCAUCAUUGGCCACCACAUGUGUGGCAUGCCCCCACCCAGGUAUUAACCUGGAUGAUGACUGGGAGAGCAAAGGCCCGGAAUGGUUGUACUAUGGGCGGGCGGUGGUGGAUGGCAACUUCAAGCAACAGAGCUACGCGAUGAGAAGGCCGGAGAACGAUGUUCCACUAACUGACGGCCUGGGGUACACUGUCAACAAAGCGAACUAUCAGGCUCACUUGGCCACGGCCAAAGAAACCCCUCACAAAUCCACUUGCAAUGAUCAUCGAGCAGUAUCCCAAGCCGGUCGGAGACGAAACCACCUGGCCGUCACUGGUCUAGCCGCCCUUGUGUGUGCACGGCAUGGCCUGUGGUUUGCAAGCUCGGUGGUCGACUUUCUGCUAGGGGAAAGACAAGCCUACAUUGACUAUGCGCUAUGCAUGGUGCUUCAGCAGCUCCGGAAGCACAAAAAGGUGUAUCUGUUCUAUGACAUUGUGUGCCAAUACCUGGUCAAGCUCCGGCAGCGGAUCAAAGACUCACCCCACCUCACCAUUCCUGAACACCUCAAGAUCAUUCCGGCGAUCGGGUUAUUUCAUGUGCACGGCCACAAGGAUGAAUGUGUAUCCCGCUACUCUCCGGAUCACAUUAUUGGGGCUGGCCAUGCUGCUGGUGAGAUCAUCGAAAGCAACUGGGGCCGGAUGAACCCAAGUGCACAAAGCAUCAAGAGGAUGUCAGCCUGGGCGAGGGUCGACAGUCUGAAUGGUCAGAUGGAGUCCUGGAACAAAGGCAAGAACUACAAGUCCGGUAUGUCUGCCAUUAUUGAUGGAUGGAAGCUUGCUUUGGUUCGGUACACAAAGGCUACCAUUGAUCUCCGAAAGGUGACGGUUCUUUGUGAUCCCGGAUUGGUCAGCGAGUGGUUGCAACGACUGGCAACUGCCUAUGCCGGACACUCUGACGACGUCACUGCCAACGAUGCUGUCUUCAAGGUUGAUAUCCGCAAGCUCCCUUCCAGGGCCACCACCGGCCAUGAAGUGACCCAGGCAAAAGAGGAAUUGACUGGGGUAGUGCAAUGGAUCAACAGAGGAAUCGACAUCGAACAGCUCCAGAUCGAAAUACAGGUCCUGUCCAAGAAGAUGGCCACACGAUCCCGGCGGGGCGACACCAACACUCGGGAGCGACUGCGCCGGCGCCUUAUUCGUAUCAUCGAAGAGUUCCUUGAGGACGCACCCAAGUACAUGGGUAACUUGCUGAUUGGCGCUGUGACUGACAAGCCAUAUGUGGUUGAUAUUGCCUCUGGUAUCAUGGACAGCACCGAAGAGGGCGACGAGGAUGGUACCGAUGGCAUCCCUUACGACCCAGACAACGAGGAAGAGACCGAUGCUGCGUCGUUGGAGCCAGAGACAAGAACAAUCGGUCUUCCAUCUGCAUUCGGGCGCAGCACUUGCCUUGAACAUGGCUUGGAUAAAGUUAUAGAGGCUGAAAUGACACUCCGAACCGGCCAGGCCAAUGACGCAGUGGAGAAGAUCCGGCACCACAUUGGCCAUCAGUCUCUUAUCUGGCGCAAGGAGGUCAGAGAAUCCCGGGGCAGUCAGCACCAGGGCGGAUUGGCUCGCAGUAAGCUUGACGUCCAGAGUGCCAAGGUCAAUCUGCAGAGGCUCUAUUACAACCACGCCCGGAAGGCAAUGCUGGAACUCAAAGGCCCCGAGGACGACAUCACCAAGUACCAGGUCAUGACAAGGCAGGACCUCAAGGCCUCAACAGCAGAGCUCCGGCCAGAUGCCACUGGGCUGCGCCAUGAGGGCCUAUCAUGGCUGUGGACUCUGGAUGUUGAUACAAUGUUGGCUAGUCCGGAUGGGGACACUCUGUUGAAUGAAUUUGCACGGAUGCACUGGACAAAGGCCAGGUGCCGGACUGAUAGGGCCAUGGAGGAGCUGAUCCUCCUGCGCCAUGAAAUGUCAUGGAUUCCCCGGACAUGGCGACACAUGGCUGGGGAAUGGAAGCGAUUGGGUGAAACCGAUGCUGGAAAGUCAGCUGGACACCAUGCCCAUGCCCGGCGCCAACAGGCACUUGCAGAGCGACUGGCGUCCAUGUCAGAAUCCGUGUUUCAACAACUCCUCAAGGACAAACCGGCCCCAACUGACUUCAACUUGGGAUUAGAUGACUCUGGUAGAUGUACAUGGCCUCAAACAACUGUAUCAUAA